AUGACUACAACCUGUACAUCUGUGACACCAACUACCCCCAAACACAUGUCCAGCGCCAUGGACAAGUUCCAGUACAGCCUGCCCUAUUGGACGUACUUUGGAGGAGUGUCUGCACUGACCCCGGAUCAGUUUAUGAAAAUCAAUGGUUUCCCCAACACAUAUUGGGGCUGGGGAGGAGAAGAUGAUGACAUUGCUGUGAGGAUUCGUUUAUCUGGACUGAGCAUCACAAGGACGCCGCUAAGCCUUGGCCGCUAUAAAAUGAUCUCACAUGACCGGGAUUCUGGAAAUGAAGAAAACACGUACAGGUUCAAUCUCCUUAGAAACACCAGGAAAACCUGGAGAGAUGAUGGAAUGAACUCCUUAGACUUUACUCUACUUUCCAGGGAACAAACCGCACUGUAUACCAACAUUACGGUGGACGUUGGUGAAGCUCCGCCCACCCCGACUGAAGCCAGCAAAUGGAAGUUCUUUUGA